AUGAGGUCGAUCAAAACUUACAUUGGGUCCAUCCUUCUACUGCUAGUUUUCACUCUCGAUUUACCUGGCGCGACUUAUGCGAGCGUUACGGCACACAUUAUGAACGAUUUGAGCCCUAACGAAGUCAUAAGGGUUCAUUGCAAAUCCAGCAGAGGCGAUGAUCGUGGAUCUCAUGAUAUCGAAUUCACCCAUGAAUUUUCUUGGAAUUUCAAAGUUACUGGCGUUCUAAAGUUCACUUGUGUUACUAUAUUUGAUGAUGAAAGAGAAGCGCGUUGCUUUGAUGCUUAUGAUGAUGGCAGAGAUUACUUCAGAUGUCAAAAUGAUUGCAAAUGGAUGGUUACUAAAGGGAAACUGCUAUUAGGUUAUGAUGAACAUGUUGGGUAUUGGGAGCUCUUCCAGUUUAAUCCACCUUGUUUGCUUUAG